GGGCAGCGUUUUUGGCCCAUGCGGAAAGGGCCCAAGAGACUGAAGAUCAAACCUCUUUGGGUUUGCAAGAGGAAGUUUUGGGACUGUCACCCAAAUAGGUGGUCUACCUUCUAAUAAUUAAUUUAGGGGAAUUUGGGACAAGAAGGCGGCUCAAUAAAAGGUAGGCAACAGCAAGUUUCUCCACCAAUUGAUACUAAGCUCCUUCUUUAGAAAUUUGAACCUGAAAUAAUGAGGACUUUAACUAAAGAAAGGGAGUUUUAUCACAAGAGGAAAAUAUCACAAAAAGCACAAACAAACAAAACCACUGCAAUCAUACAGAGCCUAAGAAAGUACAGAGUGGAGCAGAGGCUACAGAGGGGGAAUUGGUUCAGGAUGAUUUGCUACCUGUCUAGAAGACCAAGAAGCAGAGUGCAAUGCACAACAACACAUAUUGAUGUGAAGAGAAAGAAAGGCAACAUUGGGUGUAUGGAAAAACCAGCAUACAUGGGUGCAGUCUACUUUCUAAUGUAUAGGAUGAAAUAUAUCCUGAGGCAAUGGUGACUAGUCAGCUGGGUGUGAAUCCAAUUCCCUUGGAAAUAGUUUCAGUGUGGGACAAAAUGUUGAUGAUGUUCUCCAUUGAGGAAUGGGUGCUGCAGGGGUAUGUUAGCAAUAGCCCUGUUCAAGGGACAUUUUCAGAGGGGAAAGAUGACAUCAGCCCUGUCUGGAUUAGUAGCAUCUGGCAGGGGUCCUAUUGUUUUAGAACUUGCAUUCGAUUAAAGAUGUGGGGGGAAAUUACAAGGUUAAGUGUUGUGUCAGCCCUCCGUAGAUGCCAAAGGUCUUCUGUUUGGACUUCAUAUUGGUCCCUUCUGAAGCCAUAUUUAACCUGUGCACAUUGUACAGAUAAAUACAGGGAUGCAGGACCUUGUGAAAGGAUGCAGGAGGCAAAUUGGACACAAGUGUCUGAAUUCAUUCUCUUAGGAUUCUCAGAUCGAUUGGAAAUACGGUUAAGUUUGUUCUUGCUCUUUCUGCUCAUUUACCUUCUGACUCUAAUAGGAAAUCUGGGUAUGAUUGUGCUGAUUCAGACGGAUUCCCUGCGACAUUCUCCAAUGUAUUUUUUCCUUACUAAUCUGUCCUUUGUUGACUUGUGCUUCUCCUCCAGAGUUACUCCAAGAUUUCUAUAUGAUCUCUUCGUGGGUAGGAAGGUGAUUUCAUACAAAGCAUGUGCAACUCAGAUGUGGUUUGCUGCAACCUUUGCCACAACUGAGUGCUACCUUUUAGCUGCCAUGGCUUAUGAUCGCUUCGUUGCUAUCUGUAAUCCACUCCUUUAUUCAGCCACCAUGACUAAAAACAUCUGUCUCCGGCUUGUCUUUGGUUGUUACCUGGUGGGGAUUGGGAUUUCAGUUGUCCAUACGAGCGGCACAUUCAGACUGUCUUUCUGUGGCCCCAAUGAAAUCACCUCUUAUUUCUGUGACAUUCCUCCUUUGCUGCGCCUCUCCUGUUCAGACAACUAUGUUUCCAAGACAGUACUCUUUGUCUUUUCUGCUUUCGUUGUGGUACUGAAUGCAUUUAUUGUUCUCAUCUCCUACAUUUGUAUUCUUUUCACCAUCUUGGGGUUACAGUCAGCUGCAAGCAGACGAAAGACCUUUUCAACCUGUGCUUCACACCUGAUGACUGUUGUUCUGUACUUUGGGACACUGACCUUUAUGUACGGUCAGCCUGGAGGGCUUGAGGCAGUGGAGCAAGACAAAAUAGUGUCUGUGUUCUACACCAUGGUGAUCCCCAUGCUGAACCCCGCCAUCUACAGUCUGAGGAAUGAGGAGGUGAAAAAAGCCCUGAAAAAGAAACUGAAUCAUAAAAUCUUUCUUUAGCAGCCAAAGUUAUCUACUAUUACUUGGCACUGACUGCAACAAUGUCAUGCAAUGCUCCUCAUAUUCUGGCUUUUCCAGCAAAAUCUGUGUAUUUCAUUUAUUUUAUGAAGCAUGUAUUGUACUGACUAUUUCACAUAUUUGAAAGAGGGAUAUCUUGUUCUUGAGCCACUGGUGUGGAAAGUAUGUUGUACAUUUUCGGGUUCUGGAAACAAAAGGUCUUUUAUGUGUCAACAGAGCUUUUUAGAAGGUCCUUGGUCAUUUAUAUUUGCAUAAAGAAACCCUGACUAGCUGGUUCUCAUCAGAUAUUAGCUGCUAAACUGGGUCAGCUGUCACCUGUGAUAGAAGAGGGGGACCCAAUAGCAGAUCCAGGGAGGGCCAGAUGACCCAGGCACCACUUCCACGUGUCACAUGGAGGGUAUCACUGGGCCACUCCAAUCCUUCUCCCAUGCUGCCACCAGCCUGCCACUUGUCUGCUUCUGGCCACUUUUUUCACAUCCCCCAGGCCGCAGGCAGCAAAGACCAGCCUUCCUGUUUGGCCGCGUUGGGUGGGAAGAUUAAAACAC